AGUAAACAUCCGUGUGUUAGGCUCUAGUUUGCAGCAACAACAACAGCUGUUGCGUGCAGCUCAGAAUUGGCAAAAACUUGUGUAAUUUGUCUGGUUCCUUUUCUUGUUGAAUAGAACAAUCGACUUUGCGAGUCACGCGAAGAUCGACCCUCACACCACGGAUAAUUUGGUAUCGACACUUAUCACCAUCAGUGAAGCACUCCAACAGGUGAAGGUCAUGCUGAGUGCGGCUGCGUGAUGUCCACGAAAAUCACAAUUGUCGCUGCAAGGGACGCUAUCUUCGCGUUAUUUAGCUUUGCGAAGCAAACUCGACAGGAACUGAAUCAACUACGAGCAUUUCUGUGAAAGAUUGAGCGGAUGAACCACUUUCGCUUCACACGCAGCUACCUGGGCCCGGUGCGCGCUUGCAUCCUAGACUGGAGUGGCACUACGAUAGAUAAAUAUGUCUUGGCGCCGGCCACAGUCUUCGUGCAAGUCUUCCAGAAAUUCAAGGUGCCCAUCACCAUGAAGGAAGCGCGCGUACCCAUGGGGCUCAGGAAGGACCAGCACAUCCGGGAAAUCAUGCGCAUGCCCGCCGUUAGCCAGCGCUGGCAGGAGGCAUAUGGGCGGCCGCCAACAGAGCAGGACGUGCAGGCGCUCUUCAAGGAGUUGCUUCCAAUGCAGCUGUCGGUGCUGCGGCAGUACGGCGAACUGAUCCCUGGCACCGCGCAGGCCGCGCGGCAGCUGCGUGAGGAGCUGGGCUGCCGCAUCGGGGUCACGACCGGCUUUUUCCGCUCCAUGGCCGACAUCGUACGAGAGGAGGCUGUCCGCCAAGGCUUCGUGCCUGACGCUGAUGUCACGGGCGACGAGGUAGCCAAUGGCGUUCGGCCCAAGCCCUUUAUGCUUUUCCGCAACUUGGAACUGCUGGACGUGGACCUCGUGCAGGCCGUUGUAAAGGUGGAUGACACUGUACCUGGCGUGGGCGAAGCCCUCAAUGCCGGCUGUUGGGCCGUGGGAGUGGCACGCUACAGCAACUACAUGGACGUCGACAGCCUGGAGCACGAGGCACGCCUGACGCCACAGGACGUGCAGGAGCGUCUGGAACGCACGCGCGAGCUUCUGCGAGCGGCUGGCGCCCAUUACGUUAUCGACUCCCUCGCCGAUCUGCCGGAGGUGGUGGCCGACGUGAACCGGCGACUCGCCAGCGGCGAAAAACCAUGAGUUUGCUUGACUGUUAACUGAUUUUUUUUUUUUGAGAUUGAUGUAUGUGCUGAUAGAUUCCUUAAAAUCUGUCCUUUUGGUAACUGGGCAUCCGGACUCAGUUUAUAAUCAGUAUACAAUGAGGUACAUUUUAUUUUUUGUUCGUUGUUUUAGUCUAGUCCUUGCAUUUCUCUGAAAUACUCAGACUUAUUAGGCGGGUAGACAGCUCUUGUGGAGGCCUUAAUAAUUUGUGUACAAGGAUAAAUAUAACAUGUGUUUGCUUAUUACCAUUAUACGUAAAACAUACUCUGCCAGAGGAGCAUAUUUCACAUUCUCCGCAAGCGCACUCGCGUGUACCAGUCUGAGUGUGGUAUGUGGGAUAUUAACAGAUAUUAACAGUGUCUUGCCAGAGUUGAAUGCGACAUUAAAAAAAAAAUGUGUGGUCUGUGUGUGUGUGUGUGAUUAAUUACCAAUUACCAAAACUACGGUUUUACGAAACCGUAAGAUUCAUGUAUUAAAAAAAUGCUUUUUAAAGAUU